AUGAGCACGAUCUGGUGGCUUGAAUUCAUCACAGUUUUUCGCGCACAGUACGGUCACUCCGAGGAUAUAAGUAUCCAUAAUUGCGCCUCGAAUAAACACAUCGAACUCUAUCUUCGAAUUAUUCAUCUAUCUCUGUCUACAUUCUAUCUUCGGCCGGUCCGUUCCUUCUUCACAAAAACCCAAACCCCCCUUCACCCUUUCAUCAUGAAAUUCAGCAUCGUCGCCACCUCUGCCCUCUUGGCCACCGUCCAGGCCGCGGCUCUCCCAGUUGAGCCUGGAACACCUGCUUUCCCCGCUGGCUUGAAUCCGGGUGAAUCUUGCACGACGACAUCUACCAAGGGUGUUCUGGGAUGUGACGAUGGCACCGGUGGCACUUUCAACAUUGUCAACGGCCAGAGGGAAAAGCGGCAGACCCUCGACGACCUAGCAAUUUCAGCCGAUGAAGCCGUCAAGAACUUCAACAAUAUUGAGCCCGGGACACCAGUUGUUGACGGCAAGCUCAACUUGCGCGCAGGGGAGUCAUGCUCGACAACGUCGACCAAAGGAGUUCUCGGCUGCGACGACGGAACUGGAGGCACGUUCAACAUUGUCAACGGGAAACGACAGAAACGUCAGAUUCAGACGGUCACGGUAGCCCAGGCCGAAGCAGAUUUCCAGAAUCUUGAGCCGGGAACACGUAUCUCCGACCCUUCUCUGCCUCUGAAGGACGGCGAGUCCUGUACGACGACUUCGACAAAGGGUGUUUUGGCAUGCAGUGAUGUUACCGGUGCCACCUUCAAUAUCGUUAAUGGAGAGAGGAAGUUUACGGUAUAG